ACUCUGGGGUCAUGUCAGUCUCCUCUGACUUUUGUCCCAAAUGUGCAGGUAAGAGAACCUGAAACAGCCAGUCCUUGUACAGUAGUAGGCCAUUCAGAUUGGCGGGGGAGGGGAGGGCAGUGCCACCCAAUCGGAAGCAUAGUCAGUGCCCGUGGAACAAUGAGCUGCUGAUGAGGGUGUGGCCUGGGAAACGGCUUUUAGACAAAACUGUCAUUUUAUGGGUCAUUUAUAUAGACAGACAUGGCACUUCGGCUGUCUUCAGAAUAAUGUCACCCUGCCCCUCUCCUGUCUUCUGCAGUCUUAAAAGACUCAGUCUCUAAUUGAGGUCUGGCUUUUCCUCAGCCUUGGAUGAAGUAAAGAAGUGUUAAUUUUUGGAGGAGACAUCCUGAAAUUUGCAGGAUUGGCUGCUGGCCACAUCAGCAUACUGGUCUUUGGAGAUGAAACACGAAACCACUUUCUGGUGGCUGGUCAGCCAGUAGACGAUGUGCGCCUUGCACAGAGUAUGGCUCAGAUAAAUGAUGUUAUUCUGUCACCAAACUGCUGGCAGCUCUGUGACCGGAACAUGAUUGAAAUUGAGAGGAUUCCAGACGAGAGAGCAGUUAAGGUUAACUUCUUAAAACCACCCCCUAAUUUUAACUUUGAUGAAUUUUUCACGAAGUGUAUGACCUUCAUGAAUUAUUAUCCUUCUGGUAAGCACAAAAAUAUCCUGAGGCUUGCAUGCACAUUGAAGCCUGAUCCUGAACUGGAGUUGUCCCUACAAAAGUAUGUGAUGGAAAGCAUUUGGAAGCAGAUUGAUGACAAACAGCUUCAGGGCUAUUUGUCUGAGCUUCGCCCAGUGACGAUUGUGUUUGUGAACCUGAUGUUUAAAGACCAAGACAAAGCAGAAGAGAUAGGCCCAGCCAUCCAGGAUGCCUAUGUGCACAUCAUGUCUGUCCUGAAGGUCUUCCGAGGCCAAAUCAAUAAGGUCUUCAUGUUUGACAAGGGCUGCUCCUUCCUCUGUGUCUUUGGCUUCCCUGGGGAAAAGGUACCUGAUGAAGUCACUCAUGCUCUGGAAUGCGCUAUGGAUAUAUUUCACUUCUGCUCUCAAGUCCACAAAAUCCAAACUGUAUCCAUCGGUGUUGCCAGUGGGACUGUCUUCUGUGGGAUCGUUGGACACACUUUGAGACAUGAGUACACAGUUAUUGGUCAAAAAGUCAACAUAGCUGCCAGGAUGAUGAUGUACUUCCCAGGAAUUGUGACCUGUGACUCUGUCACCUAUAGUGGCAGCAACCUACCAGCCUACUUUUUUAAAGAGCUUCCAAAGAAAGUUAUGAAAGGUGUUGGAGAUUCUGGACCAUUCUAUCAGUGCUUGGGCCUUAAUGAACAAGUCAUGGUUGGUGUGUCGUACGUCAUCUGCGACAGAAAUGAGGGCGGCCCUUUGCUUGGACGUGAUAAAGAGAUCAAAUACUUCAUUGAUACUAUGAAUGAAUUUUUGAUGUCUAACAGCAGCCGAGUCUUAAUGUAUGAGGCAUUAACGGGAUAUGGAAAAAGCAAGAUACUUACGGAAAUUGGAUACCUGGCCCACGGUGAGAACCACAGGAUUAUUGCCAUUGAAUUGACUAAGAUCAGCUUCCAUCAGACUUUGCAUACCAUCCAGAUGCUCAUAGCCAGUGUCCUAGGCCUGGACACUUGUAAACAUUAUAAAGAACGGCAGACCAACCUUCGAAAUAAAGUCAUGACACUGUUGGAUGAAAAGUUCUACUGUCUUCUUAAUGAUGUUUUCCUUGUUCAGUUCCCUAUUUCUCGGGAGAUUUCCAGGAUGAGCACCUUGAAAAAGCAAAAGCAGUUGGAAGUAUUGUUUAUGAAGAUCUUGGAGCAGACAGUGAAAGAGGAAAGGAUUAUUUUUAUCAUUGAUGAGGCCCAAUAUGUGGAUCCGACCUCCUGGGCAUUUAUGGAGAAGCUUAUCCGGACUGUUCCUAUCUUCAUCAUUAUGUCCCUGUGUCCCUUUGUUGAAAUUCCCUGUGCAGCUGCCACUGCCAUAAUGAAGAACAGGAACACCACCUACAUCACCAUUGGUCCAAUACAGCCUGAUGACAUCUGCACCAAGGUCUGUCUUUACCUCAAUGUAAGCAGCAUCCCCAACGAACUGGACUCGUACCUGGUGGAGAAAAGUGGUGGGAUUCCAUUUUACUGUGAAGAAUUGCUUAAAAGCCUUGAACAUCACAAUGUACUCAUUUUCCAACAAAUGGAGUCUGAGGAAAAGACAAAUAUGACCUGGAAUAGCCUGUUUGACACUUUCAUUAAGCCCACAGAGAAGUUAAAAAUGUUUACUUCCCAUAGUAAUAGGAACUGUGAAGAAGUCUGUCACCUUGCAAGUGGGGUCAGAUUGAAAAACAUGUCACCCCCAGAGUCAUUAAAAGAAAUCUCUCUGGUCCAGCUGGAUAGCAUGAGCCUUUCCCACCAAAUGCUGGUGAGAUGUGCUGCCAUCAUUGGCGUGACCUUCACUACUGAGCUGUUGUUUGAGAUUCUCCCCUGUUGGAAUAUGAAGAUGAUGAUCAAGGCCCUGGCAACCCUAGUAGAAUCUAACAUUUUUUAUUGUUUCCGGACUGGCAAAGAGCUUCAAACAGCUCUGAAACAGAACGAGGCCUCAUUUGAGGUGCAUUAUCGCUCCUUGUCUCUGAGGCCCAGUGAAGGGAUGGAUCACGAGGAAGAGGAAGAGCUUCGUGAACUGCAGAGCGAAGUGAUUGAGUGCCACAUCCUCCGAUUCUGUAGCCCUAUCAUGCAGAAAACAGCCUACGAGCUGUGGCUCAAGGACCAGAGAAAAGCCAUGCAUUUGAAAUGUGCCCGCUUUUUAGAAGAAAAUGCCCACAGAUGUGACCACUGCCGAAGCAGGGACUUCAUUCCCUAUCACCACCUUACAGUGAAUAUUCGGCUCAACACCUUAGACAUGGAUGCUGUUAAAAAGAUGGCUAAGUCUCAUGGAUUUCAAACUGAAGAAGAACUUACCUUUUCCGAAUCAAAGAUUCUUAAGAAAUCUGCAUUAUUUCCUGCAAAUCCCAGUCCUAAAGAAAUAAGAAAAAUUAUCUUGAAUUUCUUUGACAACAUUAUAACAAGAAUGAAGACAUCUGAUGAAGACAUUAUCCCUCUGGAAUCUUGCCAGUGUGAAGAAAUCCUAGAGAUUGUCAUUUUGCCUCUGGCCCACCAUUUUCUGGCUUUGGAAGAAAAUAACAAAGCCUUAUAUUACUUCUUAGAAACUGUAUCUGCUUAUCUCAUCUUGCAUGAUAACUACAUGGCAUACAGGUAUUUGAAUGAAGGAGAGAAGUUGCUAAAAACUCUUAAGAAGGACAAAUCUUGGAGCCAGACAUUUGAGUUUGCCACCUUUUACAGCCUCAAAGGUGAGGUCUGUUUCAAUAUGGGCCUGAUAGUGCCUGCCAAGAAAAUGCUGAGGAAGGCGCUGAAGCUCCUCAACCGAAUCUUUCCUUACAACUUAAUCUCCUUGUUUCUCCAUAUUCACGUUGAGAAAAACAGACACUUUCAUUAUGUGAAUCAGCAGGCCAAAGAGAGUUCACCUCCAGGGAAGAAGAGGCUGGCACAACUUUACCAGCAAACUGUCUGCCUCUCCUUGCUGUGGCGCAUCUAUAGCUUAAAUUAUUUUUUUCACUGCAAGCAUUAUGCCUACCUGGCAGUUAUGAUGCAAAUGAAUACUGCACUGGAAACUCAAAAUAAUUUCCAGAUCAUUAAGGCUUACCUAGACUAUUCGCUAUACCACCAGCUGGCUGGCUACCAGGGUAUGUGGUUCAAAUAUGAAAUCAUGGCCCUGCAGCAAAUCUUCAACCUCCCCCUGAAAGGCGAGGGCAUUGAAAUUAUGGUAUACGUCGCUGAUACACUGGUCUUCAACAAGCUCAUAAUGGGACACCUGGACUUGGCCACUGAGUUAGGCACCCGGGCCCACCAGAUGUGGGCACUGCUCCAGAAUCCCAACCGACAUUAUCUGUCCCUCUACAGACUUAGCCAAUGUCUCCUUUUGAAAAGCAGAUACAAGCAAUUGAUCCAGGUGUUGGGGUGUCUGUGGGAUCUUUCUGUAACACAGGAACACAUCUUGAGCAAGGCAUUUUUCUACUUUGUCUGCUUGGACACCAUGCUUUAUUCCGGUUUUGUUUAUAGAACAUUUGAAGAAUGUUUGGAAUUUAUAUACCAAUAUGAAGACAACAGAAUCCUCAAGUUCCAGAGUGGACUCCUUCUGGGACUUUAUUCGUCUGUAGCUCUCUGGUAUGCCAGACGUCAAGAAUGGGACAACUUUUACAUAUUUUCCAGUACAGCUAAAAAUCUGUUGCCAAGAAGAACCAUAACACUUACUUACUAUGAAGGAAUGUCUAGGUACAUGGAGGGGCAAGUUCUUCAUCUUCAAAAGCAAAUCAAAGAACAGUCAGAGAAUGCCCAUGCUAAUGGAAAGGAGCUACUCAAGAACUUGAAGACUCUGGUGAGUCAAAACACCACUGGCCCUGUCUUUUACCCAAGGCUCUACCACCUGAUGGCUUACGUCUGUAUAUUAAUGGGAGACAGGCAGAACUGUCGCCUCUUUCUGAACACAGCCUUGCAGCUCUCUGAAACACAGGGGAAUGUGCUGGAGAAAUGCUGGCUGCAAAUAAGCAAAGAAUGCUGGUACUCAGCUUCUGAGUUAAAAGAAGACCAAUGGCUUCAGACGAUCUUGAGUCUCCCGUCAUGGGAAAAAAUUGUAACAGGCAGGGUAAACAUUCAGGAUAUUCAAAAAAACAAAUUUCUGAUGAGAGCUGAUAUCGUGGACAAUCAUUUCUAACAUGUCAAAGACAAAAGAUUUUAGUAAGCACUAUGUCCUUGUGAUGAUCUAUUAUCGACCUUUCUCUGUGGCUGGCCCCUCCAGGUUCCUACAUAAGCUCUUCUGUUCCAGGCACAGACAAGACGUGUUGAUUUCUUCUCUUUCUGGUCAAAAAGGGUCAGGAGUGUCACGCUUAACUUCCUCCUAACAUUACAAAAAUUGACCUUACCAUUAAUGUUGUUUUAGCUUGAUCCAUCUAUUUCAGCCCACGCAAAGUUGUAUCAUAUGAGAAGUUAUUAAUCUCAAGAUGGUAUAACAUCAUGUGUUGCAACAGACAUGUUUCUAGUUAGUAUAUUAACUGAAAAUAUGUAUUUUAAAAUAUCCAGUUGUUAAGUCUUUUGGAGGUAGCACAGUAUUACAAAUAGCAAACAUUUGUCAUGGUUUAUAAAGAAAGAAUAAGAAAAGAUACGUUUGUAGGACCUGGCUGCAGCUUCCAAAGCCAGGGUGAUGUCUUAGCUCCUCUCACCACGUGCAUCAA